AUAUUACACUUUUCUCCAAUGGCUUCUCUGAAGCUUUCACCUUCUUCUCCAAUCUCCAUCUCUAAGGUUGGUGUUCCUUGCUCUAAGAAAGGACUUUCAUUUCUUGUUAGAGCUGAGCACCAUUCUUCGUCUUCCUCUUCUCAUCUUCAAGAUAAAUGUCAGAGACGUCUGAUUGUAACAUUUGGUGUUGUUGCUCCUUGGAUCUCAUUGCUUAGUAGAGCUCCACUAUCAUUUGCUGCAGAAAGCAAAAAAGGAUUUCUUGCUGUCUCUGACAAUAAAGAUGCAUAUUCGUUUCUCUAUCCAUUUGGUUGGCAGGAAGUUGUGAUUGAGGGUCAAGACAAGGUAUACAAAGAUGUGAUUGAGCCUUUAGAAAGUGUUAGUGUCAAUUUGAUCCCAACUAGCAAACAGACUAUUAAAGAAUUUGGCCCUCCCAAGCAGAUAGCUGAAACACUGAUAAAGAAAGUUUUGGCACCUCCAAAUCAGAAAACAACCCUUAUUGAUGCAUCAGAGCAUGAUGUCGAUGGGAAGACUUAUUACCAGUUUGAGUUCACUGUUCAGGCUAGAAACUACACCCGCCAUGCUCUGGGUACAAUCACGGUUUUCAAUGGAAAAUUCUACACACUGACGACGGGAGCGAAUGAGAGGAGGUGGGAGAAGAUGAAAGAUAGGCUUCACACUGUGGUAGAUUCCUUCAAGAUCACUGUUUGAAAAUAAUCAAGUUUGGUUUGGUUAUCUCUUGUUUUGAAAAAGGCCAUUUUCUUGUAUUUUUGUCCAUUCUUCUUCUCUCUUUCCCUUAACAAUAUUCUUUUCCUGUAAGAGAGAUUCAAUACUCUUUGACUUGCCUCUUACCUCUCUCUCUCUCUCUGUUUUUCAACCUAACUUCAUCUUACAACAUAUUGUUUGGUCAAAAUGAUCUGAAUUCUAGUCACAGUUUUGUAGCUUCAGCUACUAACCAGAAAGGGCUUAUAAAUUCUGAUGUUACAG